CCAAUAUCGAAGAAGUGUACACGACGGAGAGUAAAAAACUGGGAGUAGGAUCUUCACCAAAAGGGGUGCAAUUCAGAUAAGCAAUUGGGGAAUUGGAAUGGCGGACGGAGGUGGUAAAGCCGAUGCACAGCUCUUCCAGCUCCUCUCCGGUCUUCUUCAGCAAGUUGAAGCACUCACCAAUGAGGAAGAGGUGGAAUUGAGAUCAAAGAUUGAAGCUUUGGGACUAGAGGUUACAAAAGUGCCAUCAAAGUCCACCAGAACUCUUGAUGAGUUGGAAAUAGCAAGGGAGUUGGAUAAGUUAUCAGAGAAGUUGGACAAUGUGGAUGAGAUGAUCUCGUCGGCAAUGGCUUCCGACCCACAAGUGCUGUCGUUGUUGAGCGGCACUGCAGAUGUAUGGAUGCCCGUCAUCACAGCAAGCGCCGAUGAGAGAAAGAACUUCACUGGGGGAUCUUCGUCGUCACCUGCAGGAAGUGGAGAAGACCAUGAUCAUGCUCUUAAAGAAAGUUCCAACACUCAUCCCAACUCGAAUUCCAAUUGAUUCUUCCUUCCCAAUGUACAACAACUGCUUCCUUCUUGCUAAUCAUCUACUCAUUCUGUAUCAAUCAUUGCUUAGACGGGUCGAACUGGAAUCAUAUACUAUAAUUUCGGAUUGAAAUUACAAGAGAGUGAACCUGAUUCAGAACCUCCUCGUUUAUUAUGGUCAAAGUUCAGGACUCUUUUACUAUUAUACUAUGACGCCAAAGAUUUUGGCUUGGGGU